GUCAAUGUUAUCCAACGGAGUGGUCCCGAGUGUCUCCUUCCCUCCCUCCCUGCGCAAAACGACACACUGAGGCGAGUAAGUCAGGGCCACGAUUGAAGAACGUGCUCUGCAGCUGCGAUAACGUACACGCAACGAACGAACGGAUCAGAGCACUCAGAUCACCCUUUGGUGCCCGAGAUGCUCUCCACCCACUCACUCAUGUGUCGCACACACCUACACAAGACCAGCAGUGCGAGAAACCAACAACACGGCACAGCGCUGACUGACAGCGCUGACUGACUGACACACGCCAUGACCGCAUGCGUCGAAUCGACACGAAAGAGAGAGACCUUUACAGGACAGUAGAGCAGACAGACGACAAGGCAUUCCAAUCAGUCACACGCGCGCCUCCAUCCAUCCAUCCAUCCAUCCAUGUAUGUGUGUGUGUGCACGUAUGGCUUCACCACCAGGCGUGCAUGGGGUCAAGCAUUGCGGCGGAAGACACACGCCUCGCAUGUUCCAGGGCCUCCUGCAGCGUCAGCAUCGGCGGCUCGGGCGGCGGCCCGACGAACUCGUCGAAGGCUUCUGAGGGGAAGCUCUCGAGAUCCUCCUCGCUGCCGUCUUCGUGGCUGCCCGCCAUGCUGAGGGUGCCCACAAAGUCGUCGAACCCUCCGAGAGCACUCUCGUCAUCGGCCGUGUGUGGUGUGGGUGUGGCCAUGGCAGUGCCACCGCUGACGAGCGGGAAGAAGGGGCUCGGGUGAUGGGGGUCGUGAUGGUCAAGGGACGAUGCGACGGUGCUGGGUGUGGAGGUGCGGGUGGUGGACUGCGUGUGGCCUCCUCCUUUGGCGGAAACAGAGGGGGAGGGGCCGGCCGCUGCCCGGAGAGUGAGAGCGAGUUCCCUCAGGCGCGUCACUCCGUCGGUCCCCAUUUGGCUGACUAACUGGUGAAAGGACGACUCGGGAUUGUCCAGCAGCACCACUGGAUCGUCAUACUCGACCACCUGACCCCUGCAGGCAGGCAGCAAGGACCACACACAGAGGGGCAAGUCAGUGGGUGCCAGCCUGCAUAGGCCUCUCACGGCCUGCCUUCUUACUUAUCAAGCAGGAGAAUGCGAUCACAAUGGAGAAUCGUUUCGAUGCGGUGGGCAACUGCAACACACACGCACCACAAGGACAGCAGCAUCGGUCCAGAAAAAAUGGCUAUGCCGCCGAUCUGCUCUCCCGUCGUACUUACUGGUAAUGGUCGUAAUGCGGCUGAAGCUGUCUCUGUAGAUAGAUAGACAGACAGACAGACAGGCAGGCAGACAGAGAGAAAGACCCCUUUCUCAAUUUCUCUCCAUCUACCUUCUUUCCCGUGUGCUGUGUGUGGUUGCUCGCUCACCGGAUCGUUUGCUGGAUGAGCAGGUCGGUGUCGGUGUCGACGGACGCCGUGGCCUCAUCCAGCAUGACGAUCUUUGCAUCACGCAGGAGGGCCCGACCGAUGCACAGCAGCUGCCUCUGGCCGAUCGAGAGACUCCCACCGAUAAGAGCAUCCAGCUCGCCCGGUAGACCUUUGACGACCUUCGCCAGAUGCACGCGACGCAGGACCUCCCACAACUGACCAAGUGAGAUACAAGACGGAAAUCUGACAGCCAUGGGCCAUCCAUCCAUCAAAUGCACUUGACCUCUUGUACCUUUUCGUCAGAGUGUUGGCUCAGCGGGUCCAUGUUUUCUCGCAACGAGCCGCUGAAGAUGACCUGUUGACAGACAGACAGAAUUAACACUCAACAGAUGGCCAAUGAAGACACACGCGCAGUCAUUCCCCGCCAACACACGCAGCGACCCACCGGAUCUUGAGGGAUGACUGCCAGUCGGCUCCUCAGGUGAUGUAACCCCAUCCACCGCACAUCAACACCAUCGAUGCUCACGCCGCCAUCGCUGACUUCCACCAUCCGGAACAAUGCCUGCAGGCGGAAAUCACACACAUCGGCCGGCCACCAUCAAUCCAUCCACGAGUGAUAGUGUAUUCUUUAUGCCGCUCACCUGCAGGAUGGAGCUCUUGCCAGCACCUACAUGUAAUCAGCGACACAGCACACAUCGCGGGCAAUACACUGACAAUGCACAAGAGAGCCUGUUCGUCUGUCCCUUCUACCCACCUGUGCGUCCGCAGAUGCCAAUCUUCUCUCCGGGCCUCACUGCAAAUGAGAGUCCCCUCAGGACGGGCUGCAGAUCAGGGCGGUACUUGAGCCACACACCAUCAAACGACACGUGACCACAGGACGGCCAGGUGGCAGGGGGCUCGAUUGCCGCAUCACGACGACCUUCCUCUCGCUUGCCAUGAGGGAGCGGCAUUUGCUGCGUCCAGCGGCUGAGCACAGAAGGCGGGGGCAUCAGCAGGGGGCGAUGGGCUGGUGCCUCGCUUGGUGUUUCUUGCAAUUGCAUGAGCCUCUCGGCACAUGUCAUGCAGUCCUCGGCAUCAGCGAUGCAGCGCACGAGCCACGUGAGGGUGUAUGCUGCCUGCAGAAUGUAAGUCAGGGCCAGCCUGCAGCAAGGAGCCAGACAAAGAAGCAGAGGAUAACACUCGAGAAUCUCUCUCUGUUGCGCGCACCCAGCAAGCGUGGGGUCGAUCGUUUCUGGCUGAAUGGCGUUCAGGAAAACAAACAUCAGUGAUGUGCUGAACACCGCCAGCGCCGCAAGGCAAGAAAGACGCAAUUGUAACCUGCACACGGCACGCACACGCAAACAAGCGCAAACAGAAUGGCGAAACAGAAGACUAGAAAACGAGUGUGCUGGCGCUCCAGCCUGAACAAGUGCAGAUCCGCCCACCACAGCCGAAGCAUCCAUGCGGGAAGAAAACAGCUGCCAUUGCCAUCGAGUCGUUGCUUCAGGAGGGUGAAGAACAUCUGAUUUGAGAGAAGGGCUCAAUAAGUGCGACAGCGCUGAGGUUGAGCAGACUUACGUCCUCCAUAUGGAAAGCGCGGAUGGUUUGGAGGCCUGCCACAGGAAACGAAAGAAGUGCGUCAAAUCUCCUUUUGAGCAUGAGAUUCGUAACACCUUUCAUGGUUUCUUCGACCAAGGAGACUAUGGGUGAUCUCGUCGCUCCCUCCAACCGUCUCAGCUGACGGGACGAAGCGCGAUAAUACUGCAGCCACGCACAAGCAGCAGCCACGUAUGAGCAGCAUGGCUUCAGUAAGUCAUUCUCACGCACCCUUUGCGUGUAAUAGAGCAUGCAGAGCAGAGGCAGGAGUGCGAUGAGGAACCACGCAUUGGAAACGGCGGACACCGCGAUGAUGGCUAUCAGGCGAGAGAAAUUUCCCAGCACCUAGGAGAACGUGGAAAGGACAAGCGGUCGAUGAUAUCAUCGAUUCCGUCUUCGAAAUCCUUACACCAUAGAGAAGGAGCGAGAGCAGAGAAUCAAGCUGAGCACACAUUCAUCAGAAGCAGCGCCGACAUUCGUUCGUUGAACUUUACCACCUGUCUGCUAUCCUUGUCUGACCUUGUCCAGGUCUCCACUAAAGCGAUUGACUAUGCGACCAACAGGUGUCACGUCGUAGAAGAGGUUCACAGGGGCUCUCAAUACGGACGCAAACGUGCGAUUAUGCAGGAUUCUGAAUGGAAAAUAUAGAUUCACUUUGCUUGCCCUUGAGAUUCCUCGAUUGCCUUACCUUGCUAUCGCUGUAUAAGCACACACCAAAACUCCAUCUUUUAGAAACAUAACGACAAUGGUGCCGAAGCAGAGCAGCGCGUAGAAUCCAACCCAAUAGAACAGAGACGCUUCAUGCGAGUCGGUGGACCAGUAAGAGCACUUCAUGCUCUGAUCAACGACCUCAUUUGAGCCACUGGAGCAACUGGCCCAGUAUGCAGGCCACCUGAGUCAGCGAGGACAAACAAGCGAAAGAAUGCUCGAAUGACAUGCGCUCCCUGGCCGAGUUCCCGUGGCUGUCGUCUCUACCAGUCUAUCAGAACAUUGCCAACGUCGACGAGAGAAAACAAAAGAAGCAGUAACCUGAACGAUGAAAUCGUAUUUGCCAGCCUUCUAUGAUAUGCCAAAGCCUACUCACUCACCCGACUAACUGCGCCACUCUGAGCCACGACUGUCGCUCAAAGGUCAUGGAGACAAGCCGCACAUACGCACUGACCUAGAGCCACAGCCAUGGAUGAAACAUACAUGACUGUGGCCAGAGAUGAACCAUCUAUGGAAUCGCGGUACCUUGAUAGACUCUAUAACGAUGUCUUCCUUUGUGAUAAGCUUGCUCAGCCGUUGAUUCAUGGUGCUGCUCCUGCGACGCAAAAUUCGCUGAUUCUUCUGAUAGAUCGCCAUGUCCGUCUUCAUGGAUUGGAGAGGGUGUACAGGAGGGCCCAUAGUAACAUCUUCUUCGUUGAAUGAAACAAAAGACGGACGACGCAUGAGAUCGUUGUAAGAACAGAUGGUGUCGAUCUGGCCGUCCUUCAGCAAAACAAUCUACAAGCGUGAUAAAAGCAGAAAGCGGUGACAUGACAGUGUGCAAGACAUCGGAUUUAUACAAUUAUCCUAACCUUGUCUGCGUGCUGGAGCAGGUGAUAGUGAGAGUUAAGAACAAGAAGGCGUGUUUUGUUUCUCAGCAGGCCAUUAAUCGCGUCAUCAAAAAGCUUGCGAGCCACACGAACAUCUACAAUCAGACGGGUAGAACGACAUAAAGGCAACAUGCAGUCGUCGUCUGUCGCUAUAAGGGUUUUCUAGUUUUGUAAGUCUCACCUACAGCUGACAGAGGAUCAUCAAGCAAGUAGAUGGAGCACCGGUCCAUACAAUAAAGCGCUCUGAACACCCAACCGACACAUUAUCACUCUUGUCGCCUCCGAUUGUCUUCUUGCAUACCUUGCGAGUGCGAUCCUGCUUUUCUGUCCUCCACUGAGAGUGAUGCCACGCUCGCCGACCUCCGUCAGAUCGCCGUCGGGGAGCGCUUCAAUGUCGGUCAAGAGCUGAGAGGCUACCAGCACGUCAUCAUACUUGGACUCAUCAAACUCGGACUGUAGGCAAUAAACAUACACUCAGUCCGUGCCCCUGGACGUGCUUCAUGAACUGUAGUUUUAAGAUCUACCUCGAAGACGAUGUUCGCUUGCAGAGUCGCAUUCCGAAGCCACGGCUCCUGACAGAAGAAGAAACACGUUUGUGGAAGCUCUCGGUUGAACUACAGACAAAACACCUGGCUAACAAAUGCAAGUGAUUCAGGCACUCUAAGUAUGCCUAUGAUCGGUGAAAGCACUUAUUGCCAAUAUAUCCACUGUAUCGCUCUUGAUUAAUGUCCUACCCCGUGUUUGAUAUAAUUCUCCUAGAAGAGCCGAGAUAAGCGCUGUCUUGCCUGACCCGACCGACCCCACAAUGCAAAGCAGUUCACCCUCCGCUACCUGCCAUAAAUGACAAGACAAAAGACUAUGCCGCGUCGUAUGUAAAGCGCAUUCGCAGCCCUCACUUGCCUGAAGGUUCACGCUCUGCAGACAGGGCUUGGGUGGUUGUGUGGCGCCUUCGCAUAUGUUAUUGAAGCGCGGAAGAGCCCACCAAAACUCGCCAUCAACGAUUUCCACCACCAUUUUUUUCACCCCCUCACUGUUGCGAUAAGUCGAGGAACAUACAGGCAAUGUGGUGAAGGCCGGAGCGACAUCUUUUUUGUUCUCGUCUCCUGCUGGCGUCCGAAGAAAGCGCUGUAUACGGGCGACAGAUGCGAGACCCAUCAUGAAGUUGCUGCGAAAAAGGGAGGAACAGACAAAACGCGUGUGGGAAAAGGGCUGCGACGUGACAGGCAUUCACUCACCCAAAUCCGAGAGCCCAAAUAUAGAGAGGACCCGUAAGUACACCCACAAAUGCCAGCACCUAGUCAUACAUCAGACAUUCACGCAUACACAGAGAGAGACAAUGACGCCUUGAUUUCUGCCAACCGUAAAAAUUUGCUCCAGAGACAGCUCGUCGGUCAGCAUUAUGUGCAGCACAAAAGCCACAGGAGGGAAGAGCACUGAAAAUGCAAUAUACACACAGAGAGCACUUGAACAGAGAAAUGUGCAAGUGAUUUAAUUGGUACGCGGGCCAACUCGGAGAGUAUCCUGUGGAGAACAGCGAGAAACAGCGUAUUCCCUUCGAUCAAGCACAUAUGAUAUUCUGGCUCACGAAUUGACUGAUUGAGACGAGAAGAAGGCGAGCCAGCUGCCGAACUUCUGAUGUCCGUAUCUCCGCUACUCGCUCCUGAAGGGGUGACUCCCACGCAUACCUGCAAUGAGCAGCGCAAAAACGAAGGUGCCUCGUGAUAUCCAGCCAGCGCCACUUGCUGCUUACAAUUUGACGAUUCUGAUUCCUGUCAGCAUGUCAGUCUGUAGGCUGAUUCGUGCUGAACCGAAUUUGAGCAUCUCAAGACGUAUUCGACCUGGAAAUCCACACAAGAGCAUGAUAUGUGUCACAUAUGCAAAGCCUCUGUUACUUCCCGCACCUCGCCGUUUUGCCAGCUGCGCACCCAAGAAGACGAGAAGGAGUAGCAAAGCUAUUCCUGGGACUGCGCUGAUGCCUAUCUCACGUAUCAGCAGGACCAUCGUGACGAUGAACAUGACGGGGGUGAUCCACAUCCAGUGCAACAGCUGCACGCCAAGCCACAGAGCCUCAGCAUCCACGGCCCUAUGAACAACAAGCCAGUCCCGCAGUCUCCAGAUCAAAUGGGAGUGGCCUUGCCUUCUUGGUGUGUCUUUGCAUACACGUGUGUGACGAUAUCUCCUGUGUCGACUGCGGCCCUCUGGAAGCUUGCAAGUGUUAGGGCCUUCCGGUACACCUCAAGUGUUACAGCUGACCGGGCCCAGACACCAAGCCUGAUUGACACAAAUGAACCAAUCAAUGAAGAGGUGCAAGGGUGAGGAGGUCGACCACACCCUCUCACCUGACUAAAUGGUACUCGACACAGCCCUGGCUAGAUGCAGCGACAAGCUGCGAUGCAAGGAGUCCGCUCGCCAGCCACAGGCCGCGUUGCCACUCGGUGCUGCCGGACUGCAAAAGACAAUGAAGAUUUGUCUUCAUCAGCAGUGGACGGUGAACCACCACAUGCAUGCUUCCCCAUUGCCUUGCCUGGAGGAACGCCACAAGCUCUCUCACAAACAGGGGCGAGAUGCAGCUGGCAACAAUGUAGGGGACGCCCAGCACAGCACUCACCAACCACCUGAGGCCACAAUAGGGUUUUGAAGACAGAACCGACACAAAGCGAGUUGUGACUGCAUUACCUGCUCUUGAAUGAUGCCCAGAGUGCUGGGACGAGUGACUGCAAUCGCUCGUAGUUCGCGUGGAAGAUCUUAUCUGACAAACAGCAGGGCACACGAUGCGUUCAUGGCAGGACUCAUCCUUGUUCACUCUCACCCGUCGCUUCGGCUUUGUGAACCGCCGGCAGGCCGUCAAUGUCAUCCUCUUGCAGUGGCCUCUUGACACCGAGCCGCAGCAUCGGGUUGAGCCACGUGAAGAGCAAUACCUGGUACCAUCGCGCUUCAUCCAAGCUGGAGGGACGAUUCAUACCAUUCAUUUGGUUCCUGCAGCAGCGGUUCCUGGGC